AUGCCAUUGUUCAAGAUUUUGAACUCAAUUAUUCUGCUGAUUAAGCUCUUAAAUCGUAUAUCAAAAGAAUCAUUUUUAUACCGUCUAUUGAAUAAAGCACUUCGAGUGCGAAAUAUUGAUUUACUUUUUCUUCUACGCUUUUUCAUUCAUGAUCUACGCACACAACUAGAACAAUUAAAAAGUUCGAAAGCUUUACGUGUCUUUCGUGCGCAAUUGAUGUCAUCAGAAGAAUUUCAAAUAUUUCAACAAUCACUUGGACAAUAUAUUUCCAUGAAUUCAUUUCUUUCCACUAGUCUCAAUCGAAAUGUAGCUCUUUUCUAUCUUGGCAAUAAUGUAUUUGAUAAUGAGAAUGCACCAAAACGACUUCUGUUUGAAAUUAAUGCAAAUCCUUCUGUUGAGUUUAUUAAACCAUUUGCUAAUAUAUCAAAUUUCAGUAAUUAUCCUGAAGAAGAAGAAGUUUUCUUUAUGCUGGGAAGUGUCUUUCGGCUUGAGUCAAUUAUAUUCGAACCGAAUGAACAAAUAUGGACUGUUGAAAUGACAUUAUGUAGCGAUAACGAAUAUCAAGCAAAAGAUGUUUAUGAAAAAAUCAGAAAUGAAUUAUGUGGUGGUGAUAAUGAAACACCAAAUCUGAUUCAUCUUGGGAAUGCUCUUGAUGAUAUGGAACAAUUUGAUAAGGCUGAAAAAUAUUUUCGCGGUCUUCUUAACAAACUUCCAGACGAACAUCCAGACAAAGCUAAUUGCAUACAUAAACUUGGUCUUGCUGUAAAUGCUCAAGGAGAUCAUCAAAGUGGUCUUGAAUUACUUUAUAAAGGUUUACAAAUACGUCUAGAAACUUUACCACCUGGUGAUGAACUUCUUGGAAAUACUUAUAAUAGGAUUAGAUUAGUUUAUGAAGAUAAGUAUGAUUAUCAAUCAGCUAUUGAGUGA